GUCACUCAUGUUAACCUUGUGCUUAAUAUAUUCAAGGUAUAUAGAAGUCACUCAAGUUAUAGUGCUUAAUAUAUUCAAGGUUGGCUAAGGAGUGAAAAUAUGGAGUUAGAAUAGUGCUUAAUAUCUCUGCCAUAUAAUAUACUUACUCAAGGUGACCAAGUUUGAUGUAGUUAGAAUAGUAAGGGAAAAUAUGGAGAUGGUCAAGAGGGUUUUGGUAUGAGCCUAAGAUAGCUGAGUAGUGUCUCUCCAAAUACCCUUCAGCUUCACCACAUAGCCUUAUAAGAUGGGAUCUUUUUUCUUGCAAAUACCCUUCAGCUUCGGCUUCAAGAAAACAUACAACUUGGCCAUGGGCAGGGGUCAAUAUUUAUGGCCAAUUGUAUAAACAUACAACUUGUUUUGAUAUUAACUAAGUUGUAUAAACAUAUUUAUAAAAUUAUCAAUGCUUGUGCUGUGCAGGGGUUGCUGUGUUAGGCGGUGAUUGCUGCUCCUGCGUUAGGCGGUGAUUGCUGCUCCUGCGUGUUGCUUGUGCUGUGCAGGGGCUGGUGUUGCUCUUUUUUGGUGUUGUCAUCUUUGUUUGAAGUUAGAAGGUUCAAUCACGGUCUCAUCUACAGGUAUGGACCGUAGUUGGAUGAGAGCUAAUCGAUUAAGUACUGAGUACAGACAUGGAGUGAUGGAAUUUCUACAGUUUGCGGAAAGUAAUGCUGAACUAGAACGUCCUCCUCCUGAAUUUCCUCCACUUUUUCUAUGUCCGUGUAUAAAUUGUGCAAAUAAAGAACCAAAACGUACUAAGAAAGAAAUCAUGAAUCAUCUAAUUUGUGACGGGAUUUGUCAAAAUUAUACACAAUGGAUAUGGCACGGUGAAGUAGUUGCAACGCCAAGUGUGUCCCAUAGAGAAAGUGGUAGUGUGGAUAUCGAUGAUCGACUGGAAGACAUGAUGCGUGAUAUUGGAGAAGAUUCGUUUAAGAGGGCGCAUGUGUAUGAAACUUUAUGCAGUGACAAGGAUGAACCAUUGUAUCCGGGAUGCACAAAUUUUACCCGUUUGUCUGCGGUGUUAAAAUUGUUUAAUUUGAAAGCAAAAAAUGGGUGGACCGACAAAAGUUUCACUGAAUUGCUUGAAUUGUUGAUACAAAUGCUUCCAGAAGGUAAUGUAAUGCCAAAUCGUUAUUACGAGGCGAAAAAAGUAUUGUGUCCAAUGGGUUUGGAGUAUGAAAAGAUACAUGCAUGCCCUAAUGAUUGUAUAUUAUACCGAAAAGAGUUUGUAAACUAUAAUCAUUGUCCGACAUGUAAGGCGUCUCGCUACAAAAAGAAAGAUGGUGAUUCUAGUGAUGAUGAGGUGACCAAAACGGGUCCUCCCGCGAAAGUCGUAUGGUACCUACCAAUAAUUUCAAGGUUCAAGAGAUUGUUUGCUAAUGCAAAUGACGCAAAGAAUCUUAGAUGGCAUGCAGAAGAGAGAAAAUGUGAUGGCCAAAUUCGCCAUGUAGCUGAUUCUUUGCAAUGGAAGAAAAUUGACUCUUUGUUUCCAAAUUUUGGCAAAGAGUCGAGAAACCUUAGACUUGGACUUGCUACUGAUGGAAUGAAUCCGUUUGGUAAUCAAAGUACUAACCAUAGUUCAUGGCCUGUUCUCCUGAUGAUUUACAACCUAUCUCCUUGGCCUGUUCUCCGAAUAGCAUACAUACCACUACCGAUGGAUAUUUUGAAGAAUGUUAAUUGUGUGUCAUCUGAAGACUGUAGAGCCAAAAGAUUGUCAAAAGAAGCCAUAGGAAGAAUGCACUAUACUGUAGUGACUGAUGAAAUCAACAAAAACACUGAAGCUUUAUUUAGCAAUUUUGAUUGA